AAAUAUAUUUGAACAUAUCAAAUAAAGAGAAUUUUAAAAUUUUAUUGAAUUGGCACAAUUAACCAAUAAAAAUUAAGAAUUCUAUUAGUCAUGGAGAGUUUCAAAAUGGCGACGCGAAUUUAACAUCUACAAUGGCUACUUCGCGGCAUUCAUUGUCAGUUCAGUAUAACUUUCUAACGGUGUAAGAAGAUGAUGAACUUUGUUUCACAAUUUUUUUUAAUUUCUAUCAGUAUUUUAGUAAUCGAUUCAAAUAUUGUAACACAAAAAAGUUUUCAAAAUGAAAAGUACAAUCACAAGCCGACCGAGUUAUCAAGGAAUCAAAUAAUCAAAUUGUCAAAUCUGUCAAAUGUUAGUCAUUUAAAUGAAAUUUUAGAUAACAUAUGCAUUGUGAGAAUUGUUGGAACACCAGAACAUACAAAAGUAAAAAAUUAUAUCAAGAAGUCAUUGGAAGAUCUUAAUUGGACUGUGGAAAUUGAUAGUUUUAAAGAUGAUACUCCAAUUUUUGGGUCUUUAGAAUUCAAAAAUGUAAUUGCAAAGUUAAAUCCCAACGCAAAAAGGUAUUUGGCAUUGGCUUGUCAUUAUGACUCAAAGUAUACUAAAGAACGGAAUUUUAUUGGUGCUACAGAUAGUGCAGUACCAUGUGCUCAAAUGAUUAAUUUAGCUAAAGUUAUGAAGAAUUAUUUAGAGUCUAUAAAAAAUAAUGAUAUCAGUUUAAUGUUUAUAUUUUUUGAUGGUGAAGAAGCUUUUAAAGAAUGGGGUCCAAAAGAUUCUAUUUAUGGUGCAAAACAUUUAGCUAAAAUUUGGCACAAUAAUUAUACUAUUUUUAAAGAUGGAGAAAAUAUUUCUGAAUUAGAUAAAUUAGAUUUACUAGUUUUGUUAGAUUUAAUAGGUGCACCAGAUCCAACAUUUUAUAAUUACUUUAGCAAUACAGAAAAAUGGUAUUCCAUAUUAAUAAACGCUGAAACUAAAUUAGCUUCUUUAAGAAAGUUUGAAUCAUACUCUUAUGGACAGCCUACACAAACAUACUUUCAACCAUAUUCUGUAGAAGCCUAUAUUGAGGAUGAUCAUAUUCCUUUUUUACAUCGUGAUACUCCUAUUCUUCAUUUGAUACCAUAUCCUUUUCCAAUUGUUUGGCAUAAAUCAAGUGAUAAUCGUAAUAAUAUUGACUUAAAAACAACAGAAAAUAUAAAUAAAAUUCUAAGAAUUUUUGUAGCUUCAUAUUUACAUAUUAAUAUAUAAUUGCUAAUUAAGAAAU